UAAUCCUUCUCUGUUCAGGCUGAUGCGCGGCGCACUUUAUUGUAUAGUCGAAAUCUGAAGUGUUUUCGGGAUUGGUGCUUAGGAAACGCGUAGUCAAACGGUGUCCAAAUCCGAAACGGCCGUGAUCAUGGAUGAUAAGGAGGCUUUCUGGUGGCUCAGCAACCCCAAGAUCCCGAGAUACCGUGUGAAAUUCAGAAGAAUCAACUAUAGACGACCGGAUAAGUUGAAGGCUGCUGAGCCUUCAUGCAAGGAUCAAAACACGCUAGAGAUUGAAGAAAGUUUAGCUCUCGAGGCUGCAGAGGUUGCCAAGGAUGACCAUGAUACCGCAUUCAUGGAUGUUAUGACUGGAGGCAAGACCUCGUUUCCUGAUGGAGGAGAUGACACAGAACAUGCAAAUGUUGGAGGCAGCUGCUCAGACACGUGCACGGUGGUUUCAACAUCAAAAAUGGAGUGGUUGAAAAAGUGUGAUGGCAACACUAAAGGACCGUCGUACCCGUAGUUCGAGCUCUUAGUCGAGAAAGGGGUGUGACAGGAGUCAGCAGAUAAGAGUUUAGGUAAAACCUCCGACGCGCCAAACCCCAGCCCUGUUCUAAAGAAGUUUCUAAUUAAGAUUUGGUGUUUUCCUUUCCGCAUUAAGGUUUUCUUGUUUUUUUCCUAUACUUUUCGGUUUAAGUUUAUAAACUUUCCCUAAGAUCUCUCUUAUGAUCAAUAAGAAAUCA